CGAAAAAGCAACGAACUCAGGAACCAAACUCACUCUCUGAAUAAAAAUGGAAGGGGAAGACGUAGAAGCAGCUGAGGAGGGGACUUGGAGCAGAGAAACCAUUCCUAAGGUUCUGAAGAUAGUGAGCGCAAGACUGUCUCAGAGAGACCUUAUCUCUCUCUUGCUAGUUAGCCCAUGGCUCAAUGGAACUCUCGUCUCCUACCCUUCCCUUUGGCUGCUUCUCGAUCUUCGUGAGAUGAAUAAUGCUGGGAAUCGCCUUAUAGCUGCUCUUUCAUUGCCGAGAUAUCGGCAUGUGAAGCAGAUAAACCUUGAAUUUGCACAAGACAUUGAAGACAAGCAUCUUGAACUCAUAAAGAACAAGUGUCUAGAUUCUCUUCAAAACCUGGAGGUUUUGAAUCUUAAUGGCUGCCAGAAGAUCUCUGAUAAGGGAAUUGAAGCUAUAACCAGUGCUUGCCCUAAUCUGAAGGUCUUUUCUAUCUAUUGGAAUGUAAGGGUUACAGAUAUAGGUAUAGCACACCUGGUGAAGAACUGCAAACAUAUAGUUGAUCUGAAUUUCAGUGGCUGUAAGAAUCUUUCAGACAAAAGCUUGCAAUUAGUGGCUCAGAAUUAUCCAGAAUUAGAGUUGUUGAACCUGACCAGGUGUGUCAAGUUAACAGAUUCUGGAUUGCAGCAGAUAUUGCACGAUUGCCCAUGUCUCCAUAGUCUUAAUUUGUAUGCCCUAUCGAGCUUCACUGAUGAAGCUUACAAGAGAAUAUCACUUCUUUCCCAUCUUAAAUUCUUGGAUCUGUGUGGUGGCCAGAAUCUAUCAGAUGAAGGGCUGUCUUGUAUAGCUAGAUGCAAGAGCCUCCUGUCUCUCAAUUUGACAUGGUGUGUACGUAUCACUGAUGUGGGGGUCAUAGCUGUUGCGCAGGGUUGCACAUCUCUUGAAUUUCUCAGCUUAUUUGGCAUAGUUGGGGUGACCGAUAAAUGCCUGGAGUCCCUUUCAAGGACCUGCUCAAACACAAUUACAACUCUUGACGUGAAUGGCUGUAUUGGAAUUAAGAAACGGAGCCGUGACGAACUGCUUCAAUUGUUUCCGAAGUUGCAGUGCUUCAAAGUACACAGCUAAUGCAUGUCAUUUGGAAACUUGCGGAUGAAAUGGUUCAGUUUCCUUCCAUUAAGGAUUGUUCUUGGAUUCGUGGAUAUUCAAUCAAUGGACAUCAGAAGUUUUGGUGUGGGCAUGCAGUGGAUGUGGCGGCUUGACUAUACUCUGAUCUUCAGUCCAUCUUAAUUUCCAAAUGUUUGGGGUCUGCAUCACGCUGAUUGAGCUUACAGUAUACAAGUAUGGCGCAAGUGCAAUGUUUAUUUAUCACACUUUGCUUGAUGUUAAAAUUGCUUCUCUGCGUGACAAACAAAAUAAACUGUCAUUGUGCUAUUUUUGUAGCUAGAAUUUCAAGUGUCAUUCUGACCAAGAAAUAUAUUAAUAGCGACACCAUCUUGUUAGCGAUGAACCUGCAACUAUUGCCAAAGAAUCGUUCUCCCCAAGGUCCUAUUUGAGCCUGUAAAAUUACCAACAGAAGAAAGAUAAAGUAGAUUUUCACUAACCCA